AUGCAGACACACCAUCCUCCGUUAUUGCGUACUGAUUCGACGUCCAGUAUAUCUUCCCUCGGUUCUGAUGUCUGUCCGGAGGUCACUGGCGAUGCGGAUACUAGAGACCUUUCCGAGAGACGCACGCGCAGGCGCUUCACCAAUGCGCAACUCAUGAUGCUUGAACAUCUCUAUCGACAAACAACGCAUCCCACGCGUGUGCAGCGCGACGACCUCGCCAAGGAGGGCAACAUGGAGCUGCGUUCUGUCACUGUCUGGUUUCAAAAUAAGCGACAGACGGACCGCCGCAAUCGCAAUGCACCGAGAAAACGAGCCAACGACGGUUCUACAUCCUUCGGCUCGUCGCCCUUCUCAGACAUCACUGGAAAGACUAUCCAUUCCGUGCGUGAGCGCAUGCCUUCACCGUGCAGCUCGCAGACGGAAGACUCGGAAAGUACCCUUAUAAGCAGUCAGCGCGAUCCCUCGCGCAGCCCCUCGCCUGAGGACUGGCCGUCCCCCCAACGACGUCUCCGGAAGAUUGCCUCGCUCCCCUCACACAAGCUUUGCCUCGACCACGUCGUAUCGCUAUGCGAACCCCGACAGCCUCCACGCACACCGCCACGACGGUCGACAGCAUACUCGCUCGUGACGCCCCGGCGCUGCGGACCUGCCAUCUGGGACACUAUGCCUUCUUCGCCGCCGACGCCGACGUGUGAUAUCAACAAGGACCGCGUCAUUAUCGAUUUUGGUCGCGGGCGGCUCAAGCGCAUGCGCACGCUGGAGUGGGCGUGUGCUGCUGCGCGUGUCGGCGGGAAGGAUAAGAAGCGGGAAAUAGCCCCGGAUAUGACCGCGGAGAGCGACGGCGCACUGAUGCUUGACCUAGGCGGGGACACGGAUAACGAGAUGGAGGUCCAUGAGGUUGUCACCCCUACAAGUGGGAAGGCAUGUACACCGCGGCUAGAGAGAAGGUGGACAGAUGGCAUGAUUCGCGACGCCGACAAGGAGAAUGAGCCAAUACAAGCGGACAUCAGAUUGGAAGGUAGCGGGAGGAAAGAGUGUGAAGGUUUGACGGACGACCGGUCAAGCGAGCGGAAGAACUGUGAUCAGGAGACUAUGAACGCUGCACUCGUUCUCUGUGGACUUGGCAAUCCAGCUUCAUGA